UAAAAAACUACGCUUUUUAUCGAAAAUCUUAACCUAAGUACACACAGUAUGGAUAACAAUCAAGCUGUCUCGGCGCUCUGGUCCUGUGCCAGUGCCACCUGCCUGUCCCUGGAUGCCAAACGCCACAGCCUAGAGCCCAGCAGCCCGGACGGACAGGCGUCGCUCGAUGUCAACAACAAAUCAGCGCCAGUCGAUGCACAUGCACGAAAGCUCCGGCACAUUGCGCAUACGCCGCGUGGUAGCUGCUUUAUGGCCUUGCUGCUGCUAUUGCUGCUGGCGCUGAACUUUCGGCACGCGCAUAGCUGCGGUCCAGGCCGGGGCCUGGGACGGCGCCGCGAGCGUAACCUCUAUCCGUUGGUGUUGAAGCAAACUGUGCCAAAUUUAUCCGAAUAUCAUAACGGCGCCUCCGGCCCCCUCGAGGGCGUCAUUCAUCGGGAUUCGCCAAAAUUUAAGAAUCUAGUGCUCAACUACAAUAAGGAUAUACUGUUCCGGGAUGAGGAGGGCACCGGCGCCGAUCGCGUAAUGUCCAAGCGCUGCAGAGAGAAGCUGAAUAUGCUGGCCUACUCAGUGAUGAACGAGUGGCCCGGCGUUCGCCUGCUGGUCACCGAGAGCUGGGACGAGGACCAUCAGCAUGGCCAGGAGUCGCUGCACUACGAGGGCCGUGCCGUCACCAUUGCCACCUCCGAUCGCGAUCAAUCCAAGUACGGCAUGCUGGCCCGCCUGGCCGUCGAGGCCGGCUUCGAUUGGGUGUCCUAUGUCAGCCGGAGGCACAUCUACUGCUCUGUCAAAUCAGAUUCGUCGCCUUCGAUUUCCCAUGUACAUGGCUGCUUCACGCCCGAGAGCACAGCGUUGCUGGAGAGCGGCGCAGAGAAGGCGCUGAGCGAGCUCGCCAUCGGUGAUCGGGUGCUGAGCAUGGACACGAAGGGCCAGCCGGUGUACAGCGAGGUUAUACUCUUCAUGGACCGCAAUCUGGAGCAGGUGCAGAACUUUGUGCAACUGCACACAGAUGGUGGCGCCGUGCUCACCGUGACGCCCGCGCAUUUGAUAGCCGUGUGGCAGCCGGAGCGACAGACGCUCGAGUUUGUCUUCGCGGAUCGCGUGGAGGAGCUGAGCCAGGUGCUGGUGCGCGAUGCCACGGGCGAGCUGCGUCCACAGCGCGUGCUCCGGGUGGACAGUGUACAGAGUCGCGGCGUUGUGGCGCCCCUCACGCGCGAGGGCACCAUUGUGGUUAACUCGGUGGCCGCCUCCUGCUACGCCGUCAUCAGCAGCCAGUCGCUGGCGCACUGGGGCCUGGCGCCUAUGCGACUGUGGUCCACGCUACAGUCCUGGAUGCCAGCCAAGGGUCAGCUGCGCUCGGCGCAGGACAAGCCAACGCCAAAGGAUGCCACGGCGCAGCAGCAGAACGGACUGCACUGGUAUGCCAAUGCCUUGUACAAGGUGAAGGACUAUGUGCUGCCACAGAGCUGGCGUCACGAUUAGGCGAUCCACACCCACACACACACACACACACAUCACACAUACUUGAAACAUAUUUGCAGUUCCACAUGCCGACGUAGACGUCAAAUUUAUUGUAAUAUAUUUUGUAGUUAUGUAUGUACUAUACGCCUAUAUGAAGAAAAAAAAAUGAUUGUAUUUCAAUGUUAAUUAUGAUUAAUGCUGAUCAAUACUAUUUAUUAAAAUUAUCUUUGACCUUUUGUAAACGAACACCUAGCUGUAAGUAGGUAAUCCUUUGGCAGAGAUCCUGAGGCCCCAAACCAAUUCUUAAAGCGACGAUCAUCACGACUGUUGUAUAUUUUUAAAAAGAUAUUAAUGCAUAUAUUUAUUGAAGAUGCGGAAGUGAGUUCAAAUUUUUGGAAAAUGAUAAUGUAAAUGCAUAUAUGUUUAUGUAUGUAUAUCGUUUUGUGUAUAUAGAAGCAUUAUAGUGACUGAAUAUCUUAUUGUAAUUGUGUAUAUAAUACUUGAUAGUUA